AUGGAGCAUGGUACUAUUCUCCUUCUCCUUUAUGUGGAUGAUAUGAUUAUCAUUGGAGAUGACAUAGUGGGCCUUUCUAGUCUCAAACAGUUUCUCAAUCGCCAGUUUGAAAUGAAAGGUUUGGAUUUGCUUAGCUACUUCCUUGGCUUAGAAAUUUCCCAAGAUUCCUCUGUUUAUUUUCUUACCCAGGCCAAGUAUACUUCUGAUCUCUUGGCUUUUAGUAGUCUAGUCUAUCUCACGGUUACUCGUCCAGCUAUUGCUUAUGUUGUUCACAUUGUCAGUCAGUUCAUGGCUGUUCCUCGUUCUCCACACUAUGAUGCUCUAGUUUGCAUUUUGCGCUAUCUCAAAGGAACUUUGUUUCAUGGUCUUCACUACUCCCCUCACUCUUCGCUGCAACUGCAUGCAUUUUCUGGUGCCGAUUGGGCCGGGGAUCCUUCUGACCGUCGUUCCACUACUGGCAAGAAGCAAACUCUUGUUGCUCUUUCUAGUACCGAGGCUGAGUAUCAUGCUCUUGCUGACACUACUCAGGAGUUUGUGUAG